GAAGUUAGGGGAAGACGUUUUGAGUCAAUCAUUAACAAGCAGAUUUGGUUCUCUCUCCAAUCAGCUUUAUUCCUGGGUCUUCAGGGAAUGGGGCAAAAUAACUAGGGUGGAGCCAGAUUCUCCCAGGGUAAAACUUGGUUUCCAGGCAGUGAAAGUACUUAGUGACAAGAUUAUAAGGGGCUGUCACAGAUCAACAGCAUAGCGUCUCUACAAAGAGCAUGGGCUCAAACUAACAUGGAUACCAUCUUGGUUUUCAGCUUAAUCAUUACAUCCUCUGAUGCCAACAAGAAAGAAUUCAGAGAUAGCAGCUGCCAAGUGGCGCUGCCUAGGCUUUUCCCAAAGGAAGUGAGAAGCAUCGGGAAUGUUCUAAUGCAAGAAGCUCAGGAAGAAGCCAAAAGGUCCACAUUCAUUCAAAAUCAGACCGUGGCUACCCUGCAGUGCCUGGGCUCUGGGAGCAAAGUGAAAGUCAACCUCGUGUAUUCGGAGAAAAGGCCAAAGGUCAAGCACACUCUGAAGAACCUGAGAAUCAUUGCUGUUCCCCGAAGAAAAAGAACUGCCUCCCCAAACUGUCGUCUAGUCCCCACAUCCAAGUUUCAGACUGGAUCCCUUCUAUCAGGCAAAGCCUUUUUACCAGGGAUCUCCCAUUGUAAGGUCUAUCCAGUGACAUGGGCUGCAUCAGAGAAUUUUCCCACUGCUACGACCUCCGUAACUCCUGGGAAUAAAGAAGGAGACAAAACUACAAACACAGAUGAGAACCUAGAGAAGAGGCAGAAAUGGAGCAUUGUGGUCAAAUUUCUGAUUGCUGUCACCCUGUUGCUCAGUGGAGUUACCAUUAUAGUGUUUGUCAUUUUUGAAGUCCCAUGUCCUAGUCAAUGUCAGGGUGCCAAAGAGCGAUGCCAAUGCCAAAGGUUGUGGAGAAUGAAAAGGAAGGAAGACCAGCAACCUGGGGCAGCUGAAUCCCAGCUUGACUCUCAGCACAAAAAGGAAAGUGUUCUCUGUAUGGUCUGUCUUUUGCUUGGAGAAAUGAGGUUAACAUAUAAGUACAGGGACACAGGGAGCUGCUUAAGUUAAAAGCAAAUGUGCCUAAUUCUUUUACAUGUCAGGAAAUAGGUAUUUAUAUUGCUGUUUUCUUAAGAUCCAUUCAGUCAUAACACAAUAGAGCAUUUAUUGAAAAGACUAUUUCUGAACCCCAGGAUUAUAAGUUCCUAUUUCCCUUUUGCUCUAAAAUAGACACCAGACCACCAGUUCAGCAGAGCUACUUUAAAUCCAAUUUCCCCAGCAGAAGUGAACUCAGCCUUUGAAUCGAUUUCUAGUAUUAAAUACUAGAAAUACUCACUAAGGCAAAGAGACAAGGUCUCCAAUACUUUAAAAAAUUAAAGAAGGUAUCCACUUUUGUAGAAUUACAACAUUGAGACUGGGUCUCAAAGACUGCCUAGUCCAGAAUGUUAUACAUGCUGCCACUCUUUAAUCUAUGUUGACUGCACAUACCAAUAACCAAGCACAGUACAACUAGAAGAUAGUAAGUUCUAGAUCUCUAAUACACAGCACAGUGAUUAUAGUCAACAAUACUGUAUAAUAUAAUUCAUAAUUGCUAAGAGACUUGAUCUUAAAUGUCCUCACCACAAAAAAGGAAUAAUAAAUAUAUGAAGUGAUAGAGGUAUUAGCUACUUGUGGUACUUCGGUGAAAAUAAUAUUGCAAUAUAUAUAAAUGUAUCAAAUAAAUGUACACAAUGUUUUAUGUAAAUUAUAUCUCAAUUUUUAAAAACAAGCACAGCAUUCUUUCCACCCAGGCAUGGUAUCAGAAUCUUUUAGCAUAGUGCCUUCAGUUUCUGAUGCCAAUUUAUUUGUCAUCUCUGGUCUAGGUUAAUAUUUUCUAUAAUCUAGUUUCUGCUAAUAUUGGAUAAGAAGCCCAUGUAUAUCAGCAUGAUUUUAUCAUAUGAUAUAUUUUUAGUUCUUUACCCCAAUCUGCAUUAUCAUUUCUACUGACCAAAGGGAGAAAUAGGCCUGAAGGGAACUAAAAAGUCUAAUCUAGAAUUAGAGGUAUCCAUGUAGUACCACCUCUGAAUUUCUCCCAUGAACAAAAAGCUACUCAUGAUAAAGGAAUUAAUAAAAAUGAUAGUAAGCAAUUUCACAGACAUUACUUCAGUUGAGACUCACAACAGCUCUGAGAUAUAAAAACCAGGUAUCAUUUAUUGAUACUUAAUCUGAGGUUCAGAGAGGUAUGUGACUUUCCCAAGAUCACAUGGCUGGCAGAACUAAAAUCCAGGUCUUUUAAUUCCUACAUUGGAUUUAUUAGUUAAUUUACCUAUUCCACAAAACUUCACUAAAGUCCUUCUAUGUGCCAAGUUCUCUGCCUUCAAGAGAUGUACAAUCUAUAUUCAUAACAGAUAAGCAUCUAGAAAGUACAUACAAAGUCAUAUGAGACAUGGAAUCAGAUGUAGUGAGAGUGGAAUGGGACUAGUAAAGAAUAUUUGACCUAUAUAGGCCCAGAUCUCUGUCUCUUUGCAAACCUGAGACUGUUUGGGCCUGAGUCAAGGGAUGAAGCAGAAUCCCUGGGAUCCAAAAUAGCUGCACACCCAGGGCCUUUUCCAUUCAAGGCAAACCACUCAAGCAUGGAGUAGAUGGCCUCUUUGCUAGUGGGUUAUAGCUUCUGACCAAUUGCAGGUUCUCAUUCAGAAAUGCACCCUGCUGACACUCUCAGUGUAAGCACAGUAACUUUUCUUUCUUUUUGUUUUUUUUUCAACAUUUCAAGCAGGUUUAUCGCUAAACUUGAGAGGGACCCCUUUGCUCUGGCCAGCAGAACAAAGAAGGCAUCUCUUACAGGCUAAGAGGCCUUUAUUUUUUUAAUUUUGUAUUAAGGUAUGAUUGAUAUAUACUCUUAUGAAGGUUUCACAUGAAAAAACAAUGUGGUUACCACAUUUACCCAUAUUAUCAAGUCCCCACCCAUACCCCAAUGCAGUCACUGUCCAUCAGUGCAGCAAGAUGCCACAGAUUCACUAUGUAAGCACAGUAAAUUUUCCUAUUAAUUAUUUGGUAACAGAGGCAAAAUGAUGAGUACUUGGAAUUAUAUAAGGUUUUAUACCAAACUAUCUCUUUGGUGCUAUAUGAAGAGAUGCCCAUUGCCAUUCUCCUUUAUCUUUCUUAUGUUCUUUCAAUCUCUAGGUUGAACAAGAUACUCCCAACCCAUCAAGCCCAAAGAAAGCUGUGGAGAUCACUAUUGUCCAGGAGACAUACUUCUGAAAAGUUCUGCUCUGCUUCACACAUUGAAUGAAGGAUACUACACUCUCUUCUCCCUAUUAUUAAUCCAUAUGGGCAAAUUCCUGCCAAUUUUACACACAUAUCUUCAGCAGGGGUAUUACAAUCAAACAGUAAUGCCAGGCCAACAAAGGGGGAGCAGUCACUUCAUACUACUGCUUUUGACUUAGCCACAGGCCUCUGAGAUGCACUUUGUACUUCCCCCCAAAAACAGAUAUCUUUUCAUCCAUCUGAUGAAAACAAAAGGUCUUCCCUCUAAGCACUAGGAAUGAAUGUAUUGCUCUUUUUGACAAAAGGCUCUCUUUGACAGCCUCCAAGGAACUGGGCAAAGCAGCCAUUAGUGUGGCAUAGUUCCUUGGCUCCUCUGUUAACACUUAAAGCUGUUUCAUGCUCCCUGGCUCUCAAAUGACUUGGUUUGGGGUUUCUAUUUUCCCAGGCAAAUGUUCAUAGCAUUUUAUGAGUUAGCCCCUGCCACUACAUGUAGCUACCCACACACUGGUAAAGAGAACAUGACCAUAAGUAUUCCAAAAGUACUCAUCUUGAGUCAUCCCUAAGGGGCUUGGGGACUGCACACAAAAGGACCCAGACGAUGUCUCCUGACAAUCCACAACUCCCAAAAUGAAUCUGACAUUGUACGCUACCAUAAUAGUGAGCUGCAUACAUUCUGAACAAGGAUUCCAGAGCAAAAUGGUUAUGAUGAUCUUUUCACAGAGUCAUAGGUAUGGGUCAAGUCUGACCUGCUUAAGUAAGAGUUUGGUGAGAAAAUGGAAAUGGCUAAUCUGAAGGCACCAUUUAGGUAAAAAAGGGAACGGCAGAAGGGAUAAGACAGAGUGCUGU